GGGGAACCGCGCAUUGCGGCGCGGCAGCAGCCCUUCGUGCGGGCCAAGCUCGCCGGGGUCGAGAAGACCUCCGAGUACGGCGAGUACUUCGAGGACUCGCCAGAGGGGCUGCUCAGCGACUGCCCCUGGCGAUUCUGCGACACUUUCACGUUCACCGUCAAGGUUCAGGAGAGCAUGCGCUUCCCGCCGCAGCCCUCCGAUGCUCCUGCCGCUGUCCCACGUGCGCGGCGGCGUCUGCGGGGACCCGACCACGUCCAGCCGGGGGAGCCCGUCGGCCACAUGAUUGUCGUGUUCGCCGUGCACUCUCCGCCGGAGGUCAUACUGAGAUCCUUGAAGCCGUCGCCCGCCUCUCAGGUCUCCAGCAUUGUCUCCAGCCCGAUGGGCUGGGUCGCGGGCACCUCGUCGAAGAGGCAGUCCGCUAAGCCCACCAAGCCCAAGAAGAAGGCCAGCGUGGAUGCCGCCGCGGCGGUGGAGAAGGCGGAGGCGAUGGCGCAGUCGGGCCAGUACCAGGAGCUGGACGUGUCCCCCACGGCUCCCGAGCUGGACAUGGACGGCUGGGAGUGCCGGAAGGGGCCGCACGGCCAGACCUACUGGCACCACCAGGCAGUCGGGCCCGCCCCGUGGGACGCCGCGGCGCCGAAGGUCAGCAAGCCGCAGGCCGGGACCGACCUCCUCGCGGCGGCCAUGCGGCUGGUCCCGAAGUGAGCCCCUGCCCGUUGCCGCGGCGCGUCGGCGCGCGGCCGCCGCCGGGAGGGUGAGCCCCCGAGCGCGGCCGGGCCACCGCCAGGAGAGUUGUGGCCGACGGUUCAUGGAGAGGAAGCACGUUCCACUGGGCAACGUCGAGGGAGGCGGAUCCGAGCCUCGCACAGGUAGGCGCCGCAGAAGUAGCUCGUCUCACCCGCCCGCGCCGCGCGGGCCCGCGGCCUCCAGGUCUGCGCGAGGCCCGCGAAUGGAGGGGCCGGCCCCCCGCGCCCCACACAAGCUGGGGAGCGGAGCGCCCUGCCCUGCGAAGCGCCGCGCCCUCGCCGCGACAACGCCCCCUCGCCCUCGGCACGCCCCGCCUCCAAGGGCUUCGCCUCUCGCCCAUCGCAUUUCGCCCCCCGUCUUUCGCCUUUCGCC